AUGGGCACAGAGCAGUCCAAGGAGCCGUCUGGGGCACCUGGGCACGCUGCACCCAGCCACUACUCCUUUCUGGCCCUGGAAGCUCCUGAAGGGGUCCGGCGGGCAGAGCCCCUCCACUGGCCCUUUGGGCUGGCUGCCCCCCUGCAUCCUGAGGCGCCAUCAGGCAGUGGAGCCGGGUGGGCGUGGGUCGCCCUCACUGACUUCCCAGUCUGCACCUCCUACAUCCAGGCUGCCGCAGGCCCGAGGCCCUUCUCUGUCCCCAGGAUCAUCUUGACGGAAUGUCCCCCCCAUCCUCCCUUCCCACCAGAGACUAGGCUUGAGGAACCCGGUCUUGGAACAACCCCCACCCCACGACCCCGGACCCUGGCCAGCGGCCCCCUGGGCCGGGAUAAUCCACCAGCCCCGCCAGGGGUGGUGGCUGUGGCUUCCCAGGCCUGGAACAGCCCGACGCUAGAGAAGGAAGGGGUGGCCCUGAAGACACUGGUGACAGGGGACUGCAGCCCAGAAAGGGGAGGAGCUGGGAUCCCCAGUCCUUGGGGACCUGCCCCAGAGCGGACCCAAGAACCCUCCACUGCAGAGACCUCUUCAGAGGAGACCCACAAAGACUCUGGACACCACACCCCACCCUGCAGUGGGGAGCACAAGGCUCAGCGUGCUGCCAUCACCCAGCGGAUGGACAGCCUAGAGGAGACACUCCGGGAGCUGGAAGCCACUCUGAGCCAGAUGGGCAUGGCCUCUGCCGCGGGGCCCCCUGGCAGCCCCCCACCUCUGCCCCCUGGUCCCCAGGUGGCUGCCUGCCACUCCAUCCUCUCCACUUGUCUUCCUGCUCCAGUCUCUCUGUCUUCAGAGCUGGAGGGAGUCGGGGUCUGCAGGAGCACCACGCCAGCUCCCCUCCACCUACUGGCCUCUCUCAGCCCUGCCACCCUCCUGGGAGCCUGGUGCCAGGCUGGGUUUGUAGGCAAAGCCCCUGGCAGGCUGGGAAGCUGGCCUGCCCAGGGAUCAGCCUAACCAGCCCUGGCGGGGACCAGGGCCUCUCCCCUUCGUUCUGUAUCUGUAAACCAACAAAUAAA